AGUUCGGUUGGCCUUUCCUUUAUAUAAAGCGCACCGGGAUUUUCAGAAGAAUCACAUUCAGCCAUCAAGACUGAACAAUGGUUAACAUGAGCUAUCACCCAUUUUUACUAAAAUACCUAUACUAUCCUAAUCCGAGAGAGUCGAGACGACGAACAAAUAAAAGAAAAAGGAUUCAUUGGGACACGUUAUCUUCAACAACAAAUUGGCAGACUUGAUUAAGCAAGGCUUACUCAAGGUCCAGUGAGCGCCGCGUGGCCGAGCAUCUGUACGUUGAGCUGAGACUGACUGCUGCUGAGUGGCGACAUGACAGCCGAGUGGCUCCACCUGCCGCCGCCGUACCCCCCCGGCGUGGGCCCGCUGUGUGGUGCAGAGUUGGAGGCGUGGUACGAGGACCUGCAGGACAUCCUGGGCUCCGACGCGGGCGGGGCCAAGCUGGCACGCUCUGCCCCGCAGUACGCCGAGGAGCCUGAGUUCCUGGAUGUCCUGGAGAGCUGCUCGCUCACCUGGCUGACGGACGGAGGCCAGACGUGGGCCGAGGGCGUCCAGCGAGUCACCGAGGAGAUCCACACCGCCCAGCCUCUCCACCACGGCUCCACAUCCACCUCCUCCUCGUCUUCCUCCUCCUCCUCCUCCUCCGCCCCCUGCCUGAGUCCGACCGCGGAGGAGCGGCGGUCCGGCGGCGGCGGCGGUGGCGGGGGCGAGGGCCGGCGAGGCGGGGACAGCGACCUGCUCCCCCCGGAGUUCUUCGAGCUGCUGAGCGAGGGAGGGGUGGGGAUGGUGGAUUCGAGCGGCGCGGUGGUCGGUGGUGGCUACCACCAUCACCACCAGCACCUCAACGACCACCAACACCUCCACCACCACCAACACCCCAGCCAGACCCACGCCCAAAACCCCGCCUCGCCGUCCGCCAGCGACGACGAGCUCCCGUGCGUCCCGGCCUCCCCCUCCUGCUCCUCCUCCUGCGACGACGGUGACUCCUCCUCCUCGUCGGCGCCCCCGUCCCCGGCCCCGAACGGUUCGGCCCCCUCGUCGCCGGCCCCCUCGCCGUCGGUCUACACGCCGUCCGCGGUCGCCCCUCAGCGCCUGGGAAAGCGCCGGAGGAGCAGCAGCGGCGGCGGCGGCGACGGGAGCGGCGCCCCCAACGCCUACGUCUCCUCCUCUUCCUCCUCCAGUCCCCGCUUCUUCUCCUCGUCCUCCUCGUCCGCCACAACCAACAACAACAACAACAACACGUCCUCCUCCUCUUCCUCCUCGCCGUCCUCCGCCGCCGCCAAGAAGAGCCGGAAGGAGCGCGAGCAGGAGAACGAGAGGAAGGUGCAGGAGCUGACGGAGCAGAACGAGCGGCUCAAGUCGGAGAUCGACCGGCUGGGCGAGGAGGUGCAAAGGACGCGGCGUGCGCUGAUAGAGCGGCUGGUCAACACCAGGAAGUGAUGCGUUGGGUAGGGGAAGGGGCGACGCGCUCGCUAAGGUAGGCCAGGUUCUGGAUCCGGGAUCGGGCGGGAAAACGGUGGCGGGGCUUGUAGGGUGUCUUUGAAAUGCAUCCGACACGACGAAGGUUGAAACCAAAGACUUGUUUUGUUUUUGUUCCAAAAUGAAGGUAACCGGAGAGAGAUAGUGAUGUUAGGAAAGAAUGAUGAAAGUGGUCGAGGGAAGAGGGCUGCAGCGGCAUUGCGGCAAAUGGAGAGAGAGAGAGUGAGAGAGAUGGAGAGAGAGAGAGAGAGAGGGAAAGACUGCAUGCAAGGAAACGAGAGGUUAAACUUUGAAGGGAAAACGAUGCAAUGCUUCUGAUAAGUGCAUUUAGAUUGUGAAAAAAAAAACUACAAUCAAUUUCCAAUUGAAGCGUUGCAAAAUUCAGCACGUGCAAAAGCCUUAGUGUCUUGUAU